CAUUCAUUAGUUGAUUUUUGUUUCGCGUAGACUUGCGGCAAACAAAAUCUUAUAAAUUUUUAUAUUUCGUAAAUAUGGUGAAUCAAUUAUUUAUAGUAAUUUUAAUAGUAUGUUUAAGUGGUAGCAUAGCUAAGAAAUAUAAUAAUGAAGAAAAACCGGAUUGGGCUAAGAAAGAUAUUCGUGAUUUCUCUGACGCUGACAUGGAACGUCUCUUCGAUCAGUGGGAGGAAGAUGAGGAACCGCUGCCUGAGGAUGAGUUACCAGAAUAUUUGCGGAAACCACCUUCCAUAGACAUGACUAAAUUGGACAUGAGUAGUCCAGAAUCGGUUCUACAAGCCACUAAAAAAGGUCAAACGUUGAUGAUGUUCGUUACAGUAGCUAAUAAACCAUCUAAAGCUAGAACGGAAGAGUUGACCAAAAUAUGGCAGGCUGGUUUAUGGAGUAACCAUAUACAGACAGAUAGGUAUCUCAUUGAUGAUGACCGAGCAAUUUUCAUGUUCAAAGAUGGAUCUCAAGCCUGGGCUGCCAAAGAGUACUUUUUGGAACAAGAUGAAUUGAAAGAUGUUCAACUUGAGAGCCAAACGUAUAAUGGCAAAAACCCUGAUGUUCGGAACAAAGCUGUCCGAGACGAGUUAUAGAUCUGUAAACAUUCCUAGUCUCACAUUCUCUAGUUUUAAAAUGUUCGCUGAUUGGUGAUGCUUCCAACUCCAUGAUUUUAUUGUCUAUUUUUUAUGUGUUUUGUCCAUUACAGGAAUACAGUGUUCUAA